AUGUGCUGCGACGACAUUUGCAGUGCCCUGCUUUGCGGCGCCCUCUGCGGGUGCUGCUGCGCUGCUGCCGCCGACGAAGACCGUCGGUACCAUCACCAGUAUGGCCAGCCUGUCAUCGUGCAAACUGUGCAACCUGUGAUGGUACACCAACCCCAACAAUACCAAGGAACCAUGCACGUCCAGCAAGUCCAUGGGCAGCCCCAGUACGUUUAUGGGGCCGACGGGCGACUGUACUUGGCCCAGCCGGUGGCGGGAUAUCCAAGCGGCAAAGUUUAA